CAACAAUCCACCAACCAACCCCGCGACCAAAAUGGCUCCCCCAGUAGCAGUCCUGACGGACAAGGCGCCCAAGCCGAUCCCGCAGCUUUCUCAGGCGGUCAAGUACAACGGCAUGGUCUACUGCUCUGGCUCGCUCGGAGUCGACCCAAAGACGUCGAAAUUCGUCGAGGGUAGCGUCAAAGACCGAACGCGCCAAGCACUCAAGAACCUCUCCGCCGUCCUCGAGGCGGCGGGGAGCAGUCUGAAGAACGUGGUCAAGGUGAACGUCUUCCUGACCGACAUGAGCAACUUUACGGCCAUGAACGAGGUUUACGACGAGUUCUUCGUAUGGGAGCCGAAGCCGUGCCGCACUUGCGUGGCUGUCCACCAACUUCCCUUCAACAGCGAUGUCGAGAUUGAGUGCACCGCCUUCGAGUCGGUCAAGGCGCGGCUGUGAGUGGGAGAAGAGCAGACGGCGGAGUCGAUUUGACAAACUCGGCCUGCUGGCAGUUCGAUCCUAGGUGCGCGAAUGUACCGUACUGUAUGUAUUUUCAUACAUACGUCCACCGGCAACCCUUCUAAGGAAAAAAAAAAAAAAAAAAAAACACCAGAAGAACUUUGGAGAUCAAGACGAAGUAAAUAAAGUACAAUGCAGAUAAAUAAGCAGGAACGUAUGUGCAUACCUUCGCGAGGAGAUCGUAGGUCCUGUCGGGCGGUUUAUUUCUGACAACAGAAAACCGUCAUUAACUGCAGGACGUGCAGGGUUUCUUUUGUAUUCCGUACUGUAGUU